UUUUGAAUGACGUAAUUUUUUUUGUCGGCAAAAUAGUCUAGCCUGACAUGCAAAAUCUGGUGACUGAUAGUGUGUUCGGUUUGGAAGAAGUUUCUUUUGCGCAAAUUAAGUUUGAUAAUUAUAUUUUAUUAAAAAAGUUUUAGCAUUGUGAAAGUGCAUAAAAAUGGGGGUUCGCUCUUAUAAUGAAGAACUGCAUUAUUUGGAGAAAAUUAAUCCCGUUUGUUGGCGAAUUAAGAAAGGUUUCGUAUCGAAUAUGAAAGUUGAAGGUAUAUUUUAUGUGAAUAGUAAACUAGAAAAGUUGAUGUUUGAUGAACUUCGCAAUGCUUGUCGACCAGGUAACGUUGGUGGAUUUUUACCAGGAAUGAAGCAAAUAGGAAAUGUUGCUGCUCUCCCUGGGAUAGUUGGUCGCUCUAUUGGACUGCCAGAUGUCCAUUCUGGGUAUGGUUUUGCAAUAGGAAACACUGCUGCCUUUGACAUGGAUGAUCCAAAAUCUAUUGUUUCACCUG